AUGGCGGCAAAAGAAGCAGAUUGGGCAUGGUUUCCUGAGCUUCUCCUGGAUUCAAUUAUCAACAAGUUGAUUUAUCCUGUCGACUAUGUACGUUUUGGCUCUGUGUGUAAGCAUUGGCUUUGGGUAGCUAUGGCGCAAAACACAUACAAGGCAUGUUGUAGCAAAGUCCCAAUGUUGAUGAUUCCGGCAAGAGAUGGCAGCACCAAAAGUCGUAGCCUUUACAGCGUUACUCAAGGCAAAAAUACUGGCGUGGAAUUGCCAGUACCAUACAACAGAAGAUGUUGCGGUUCAUCCCACGGGUGGUUGGCUUUUGCCAUGGAUGAUUUGGCCAUCAUUCUCUACCAUCCUUUCUCUGGUAAGCAAAUUAAUCUCCCUCCCCUUGUCAAAAAUUUUAAGCCCGAGGACGAGUACGAGCCUGAGUAUUAUGUUAGGAAGGUUGCUUUGUCGGCGGACCCUCUAAGAAAUCCUGAUGGUUAUGAGGCUGUGGCAAUAUAUGGUGGCAUGAAUGACUUAGCAUUCCUGAAAGCUGGUCACAAAGCUUGGACCCCUGUGCCAGUUGGCAAAGUUGUAAAAUCCCACUUUCGUGCAAGCGACGUAAUUUAUUUCGAAGGAAGAAUGUGCGUUGUGAACCGCUACAACUGGGUGAUGCCUGGUCGAAUCGUUUCUGUGGACACUACCUCUAGAAGAAUAGGGACGGCUGCAAUGCACGAUGGAGGGGAUGGACGAAGGGAGGAGGUGAAGAACUCAGGAGACGAUGCCAUAUUCUUAGGCGACAAUCAAUCCAUGUCAGUUUUGGCAUCUGAGGUGGUGGGAUGUCAACCAAACUCCAUAUAUUACAGCGAUGGCUAUUGCGAAUUUGCCUACCCGGAUGGGCCUCAUGACAUGGCCAUAUUUGACUUGCGAGAUGGAAGUUUUAGAAGCCAUUAUGUUCCAAAUCCGUUGCACAAAAAGAUGCCGCCACCACUGUGGAUUCUCUCUAGCUGA